AUGAAUCGGGCCUUCAACCCAACCAUGAUGAGACCAAAUCUCCCCCUGAGAAGACCUGCGACUGGUCCGGGUUCAUUUAAACCUACAAGCCCAGCCCCAGCGGUUCAUGAACCUACUCAAGAGCAGCUUCUAGCAAGUGAAGUUCUAGCGGGUCCUAAAGGCAAUGCUGUCAGAAAAGAGAACAAUGGGAUUUCUGCAAAGAACAGUUCUGAUUAUGGAUAAUUUUUGUCUCCACAGACAGCAGAGAUGGUGUUGAGCCCACUAGUGAAGUUGUGCAACUACUGCAGUCACCAGGGUAACUUCAGGUGCACACGUUGUAAAAAGACCUGCUACUGUUCUGUAGCUUGUCAGACAGAGGACUGGAAAGCUCAUCGACAUGUUUGCAAACCUAGAGAUUCAGAAUUCACCAGUGAAAAAGCAAAGGAAUCAACAGCUGUGCCUUGUGGAAAUGCACUUGGUGUCCUUCAAGCCAAGGACAACUACACAGAAUUACAGCCAAAGAGAUUGUAUCAGGGUGAUUUACCCAAGAAUAAUGUUUCUAAAGGAGUUGAGAUACAGGGUGUGGUAAUUGAAAUGAGGAACCCUGGGAAGUUCUACAUCCACCUCCAAUCAGUUGAGAUGAUGGAGUCCCUGAAAAACAUCAGCGAAGAGCUCCAGAAGACCUAUGGCACUUCAUAUGCUGCCGAGUACACACCUGAAAUUGGGGAACUCUGUGCUGUUAAAUUUUCUAUUGAUCGGAACUGGUAUCGAGCUGAGGUUCAGUCAGUCGAUGUCGGCCGCAAAACUGCUAGUGUAUUUUACAUCGACUUUGGAAAUGAGGAGACCGUUUCACUUGACAACACAAGGCCUCUUUCUGCCAAGAUAGAUGCUGCACCACCUUUUGCUUUGCAGUGUUGUGUUGCCGGGGUAACGCAUCUGACAGGAAGUUGGACAAGUGAAUGCACUAUUGCUGUUAAACAGCUACUUGCUGGAAAAAGCCUCACUUUUGCAGUGGUGGACAUCACAAAUGAUGGAGCUCUUCUUGCAGUAGAUGCUCCUCUUAGCAUGCUUGGUAAAUACCUAAGCACUUUCCUAAUAGACCAAGGCUAUGCCAUUAAGGAGGAGACUCCUGUUGAACCAAAGACUGAACAUGACAUCAAUUCUCUGCUGACAGCAUCCUUUGAGAACUUCAAACGUUUGUCUGGAGGAAAGAGUGAGAACUCUGAAGCCAGACCUCCAGAGUCUUUGACUCAGGGAUUGGGUGACACAUUCACAGCCAUUGUCACCCACCUCCAAUCCCCCUCAGAGAUCCUCUGUCAGAAGCUUGAGAAUGCCAGUGUAAUCCAGCAGUUGCAGAUGAAUUUGAGGGAGCACUGCUUAAACACUCAAGCUAGUGAGAACUUCAGACCUGCUCCAGGAUCGGUCUGCUGCUCGCUCUUCUCUGAGGAUAACCAGUGGUACAGGGCUAAAGUGCUAGCAUAUUCCUCUGAGGAACGCGUGUGUGUCGGUUACGUAGACUUUGGCAACUCAGAGGAAGUUGAGUUAAAUCGUCUGCGACCCAUCAGCAUGGAGCUGUUGGCUUUACCAACUCAAGCAAUCCCUUGUUCUCUAGCAGGCAUCAAGCCUUCCUUAGGCACCUGGUCAGAGGAGGCCACCUUGAUGGUGAAACGUUUAGUCUGCAACCGCUUCGUUCGGGUUGAGAUUCUGGGUAAGAAGGAAGGUAGGGCUCUGGUGUCCAUGAUCGAUGAGACCAGUGACCCUCAGACUAAUGUCACUGAACUGUUGGUUAACAUGGGUUAUGCUGCAACUGAAAGUGUGGAGACUGAGAACAAAGAACCAGCUCAAGAAUCCAUCCCUGAAAUGCCAUCCCUCAGUGGCCCUGCUGUUGAGAAGAUGGAGUGGACUUGUGCUGAACUUCCCUCUGAUGGCCAGAAUGUGGAGCUGGUGAUCAGUACUCUGAAAAGCCUUGGUGAAUUCUACUGUUACAACUACAGUGGGGCAGAUGUACACAGCCUGACAGAGUUGUCCUUUGAGCUUAUGAAGUAUUGUGAGUCAGAGAAAGCUCCCUUUACCCCCACUGUGGGAGAACCCUGUUGUGCUCUGUUCACAGGGGAUUGUCAGUGGUACAGGGCAAAGGUACUAGAAGUUUGUGGAGAGGGAAAGGCCAGAGUUUAUUUUGUGGACUAUGGGAACUCCUGUGAGGUGGAGGCAGCGCAUCUAAAAGCCAUCUCCCCCAACCUGCUCAAACUGCCUUUCCAGGCAAUACGCUGCUGGCUUGAAGGAGUGGAACCAGUUGAGGGUCAGUGGAAUAAAGAGGCAGUGCACCGGUUUCGGGCUCUGUGUGCCAGUCAGCCAUUGAGUGGCAAAGUACUGUCCAUCACAGAGAACGGUUAUGGAAUGCAGUUGGAGAGUAGUGGAAAAAGCAUUGCUGCUGUGCUUAUCUCUGAGCAACUGGCCAAACCUUAUGGACCUGUGAAACAACCUCCACUAAAGCCAACUAAACCCACCAAUCAGAUUGAGGCUCUGCCCACACUUAAACCUGCUGAUCAGAAUCCACCUGCUGUAGAGCCAGCUAAAGUGAACAACAUGGAAGCUGCCAAAGCCCCAUCAGAGGGAACCAUGGCAAAUGCCAUUUUUAGUUUGGACUGGAAGACAUUGGAGCUGCCCUGCAGUGAGACUUUCCAGCCACGGGUGGCAGCAGUAAUCAGCCCUAGUCUCUUUUAUAUAAUGAAUCCCGGAAUAGUGAAUGUAGGGGGACUAACAGCAGUCAUGUAUGAUGUUGAGAAGUACUGCAGCAGGCAGCCACCUCCCGCCCAAUGCCCCCCCUUACAAGGAGCAGCCUGCUGUGCACAGUUCUCAGGUGACAAAAACUGGUACAGAGCUGUUGUCUUGGAGGUAACAAGCAAGCAUGCACAUGUAAUCUAUGUAGAUUUUGGGAACAUGGAGACAGUCCCCAUCUCCAAUAUCCUUCCCAUCACCAAAGAACUUCUCCAGCAUCCAUUCCAGAUUGUCCGUUGUGCUCUAGCAGGUAAAGAUCACUUCCCUACUGUGUGGCCCACUGAAAUUUUGGAACUCUUUGGGAUUCAGUUGAGCGGGGACAUCCUUGCAUCUGUGGAGGGUUUUGAUGGGACCUUCAACCUCCUAACUCUUAAGCAGCAGUCAGGCCAAACUGACAGAAACAUUAACUCCAUUAUUCUUGGAGCUCUGCAGAAAGGACCGAGCAAGGAUAACUCAGUGUUAUCUAUUCAGGAGAAAAAUGAUCCAGAUCAGAGGCAGACACAGACUGCCAGCUCAAACAAGGCUGCUGAUCAAACUCAGUCUGCAGAUGUUGAGAGGCCUGCUCUGGAAGAUCAGGGUCCAAGCCAGCCCAGCCCAAUUGUCAGCAGCCAUAAGCUUGAGGAAACAGAAAACACAACCAAGGCAAUGACUGUUGUGGGAUGCACAGAGUCACAGAACAUUGCAAGCUCAAAGGGCAGCAGUGGUCCCAUCUCAUGCUGUUGUCUGGAGCUAAAGAAAAAGAUUGACCAUAUUGAGGAAUUGAUCCAUCUCCUCAUGAAGCAAGUUGGUGAAACCAAACAGUAA